UUAGUAUGCGGUGGCAGUUGUACGAGGCGACUCAUAACGUGAUAAUCGGUCGGCCGGCCGAACCGCAAAAAACCCGAAACUUUCGGAAAAUAAUUGAAAGCAAAAUAUUUUAUUGAAACGAAUUUUUAAGACUUAAGCUUUUCCCGAAGUGACACAUAUUUUACGCGCUUUGGUUGGUGGCAUACAAACAUAGUUAUUUAGUCGGAAACAGCAAAAAUGCAAGUUUUCGAUAAUACCAUGCGCCGUGCAUCACGACGCGCCUCACUGCGCCGCGGCUCCAUAUCAGUGUUGCCACAGAAGUCUGCCGAAAUUCCAUGGGAUAUUUUGGAGCGUCUAUUCAUGCCAUUCCUGUUCUGUCAUGCUGCCGCAUUGAUAAUCUCAACACUACUGCAUGCAUUGGAUAUUUCACAUAUCUCCACAUUUGCGGUGUUUGUUUGGUUUGCGCUGUCCACAAUUGGAGCGGUGCUAUUCUAUCAUUUCGUUAAGGUUUCCUCCUAUGGCAAAGGUGUGCUUAUCACUGGCUGUGAAACUCCCAUCGCCUGGUAUUUGGCUAAAAAGCUCGAUGACUUAGGCUUCACCAUUUAUGCUGGCUUCAGUGUACCCAUCGAAGAAUCGGAUGAGGCGAAAAUCUUGAAGGAGGAAACUUCCGCUCGUUUGAAAUUGUUGCAUUUGGAUGUUAGCUCAGAAAAAUCGCUCCUCGAAGCUGCUGUCUACAUUUCCGAGCAUUUACCCGAUGGCGCUUAUGGCUUGUGGGCUGUGGUACAUUGUGCUCACUGGGUUGCUUUGGGUGAGCUUGAAUGGAUACCAUUUGGUGUAUUGCGCAAGUCAUUGGAUUUGAAUUUGUUGGGUGCCGCACGUUUGACCCAGAUUAUGUUGCCACUAAUUCGCCGCUCGACGGGACGUGUUGUCUUCCUGACCUCAGGCCUUAGCAAAAUCCCUGCACCUGUACGCGGCAUUCAGAGCGCCACUCAAGCGGCUAUUGAAAGCUUUGCCGGCUGUUUGCGUCAGGAGAUGCGUCAACGUGGUGUCGAUGUGUCUGUGGUGGCUGCCGGUGAAUUUGCGCCCGGCAACGGUUGGCUAAAUGAGACAGAAUUGCGCGAACAGGCUAAACAAAUGUGGAGUCAAUUGACCUCCGAACAGAAAAAGACUUAUGGUGAAGAUUAUUAUGAAGCUGCUAUGACCUCGUUGGAAAAGUACUCGCGAGAGACUGCCGAUAUUCAACCCGCUUUACGCGUUCUGAUCGAUGCCGUCUCGCGCACCUUCCCCAUGGCACGCUACACUCCGGUAACCGCACGCGAAAAGGUACAAAUUUUCUUAGCCGAACACUUGCCUACUGCAUUGUAUGAAAUCAUCUUUGCCGAACCUAAAAAGCGGGUGCGUCCACAGGGUGCAUUUUAAGCUCAAAAUCAUUAACGCGACAGCAACUGAAAUGGCAAAAUGAAUAAAA